AUGGCGCUCUUCAAGCUGCUCGUCGACUGCGGCGUCGUGCACGCGACGGGCGAGCCGGACGGGCGGCGGAUGAUCACGGUUGGCGGGGAGCAGUUCGAGGGCCUCAAGGGCGUGGGUGCGGGCCCGAGCAAUGGGGUGCGUGCGGGCGCGGGCGGCGGAGAGAAGAAAAGAGAGGGAGCAGACUCUGCUGGUACUGUUGUGCUCGAUGCUGAUGAACAGCCGUGA